GGACACUGGCCCACCCAGCAAAGCGGCACAAACUGUUUCGUAUACAUCUCCGGUUUCAUCGCUAUUAUAGAUGCGUAUUGCGCACGACUACUUGAAUUAGGGCAUAGCAUUGCUUACUGUCUUCACGUGUUUACACGACGCAACUCCUAAACGACUACUGCUGGCCAUCAGAGUCGAGUCAGAAUUGUCCGCACAAUUGCCGAAGCUUCACCCGCGUCACACCAGCACCAGCGCUGUCCAAGAAGAAUGCUUCGUGUGACGCUUGCAGCGCUUGUAUGCGCGGCGUGCGUCUCCGCUUACCCGCGUUACCUGCUGCCUGGAUCACCCUACAUUCCUAACGGUAACGGUGACGGCACAUGCACCGGCGUCCACCCCACUGGGCCCAUCCUGUAUGCGGUGCACAGCACCCCCUAUAAGGACACACGCAUCUCCUUCGAGGUGUCUACCAGUGCCGGCGCUUUGACAACUGCCGUCUGCCCCGGUGCAUCAUACACUAUCACGAUGAAGUUUCCGGAGCAACGCCUGGCCCUUCUAACUGCCUCCACCGGUGCCUUCACCAGCCCCGAUCCCACGACCGGCUGUCCUAACCGCGUGGACCUGGGCGGCAGCAGCCGCUGGAACGUGGCCAGCUCCUUUGCCACCACCUUUGAGGUGCCCUGCAACGCCGCAGGCACCAUACAGCUCAAGGUGACGUCGGCGGGUCGCGGCGGCUCGCGGCAGUGGGCACAGGCCGACACCACGCUCACCGUCUCAUCCGCCUGCGCGGUGGCCAAAUGCGGUGGCGCGACAACGCCCUCCCCUUCUCCUUCCCCCUCUCCUUCGCCUUCGCCGUCCUCCUCUUCUCCAUCCCCAUCGCCUUCUCCCUCCCCUUCUCCCUCCCCUUCUCCCUCCCCCUCUCCGUCACCAUCGCCUUCUCCCUCCCCUUCGUCUUCUCCCUCACCAUCCCCUGCGCCUUCGCCCAAGCCUUCGCCCUCCCCUAAGCCCGCACCUUCACCUAAGCCUAAAUCUUCGUCGAAGCGGUCCCCCAACGUCCCCCGGCUUCGCAAGAGCCCGGCGCCCAGGAAGUCUCCGAAACCCAAGGGCCAAUGAAGCAUUGACACACGAGAUGUCCAUUGAUUGAUGCCGGUCAACUGGUUGUGGUGGUUCCUUGAGCGGUUCAGCAGACACGUUGGUACGGAUCGCAUGCAUCGUGUACAAGGGCAUGAAGGGCAAUGGAUUGCUGGGUAUUUAAAGCCGCUGUGAUGCAUGAAGCUGCAGUACUGUAUGGGGACGUAAGAGGCAGUAGCAGUGGACUUUCGCCUUUCGGGUGCGCAUGAAAUACGUAUAGCGUAGCACGGUCUGGGGACGGAUUCAUUACUGUUUGGUUAGUUGCCUGCUGUGCUUUUGCUUGGAACUUGUGUGGGGGGGGCAUCGUGGCUCGGGUUUUGGUUGGUAGUGGGUGCAGGCACCUGCAUUCUGUGCGGGGCGGGUGGUGCCUGCACGAACCGACCCCGGCUAUGUCCUGGAGAUGAGGUUGUUUCAAAACCUUCGGCCUAAGACAAUGCACCAACAUGGCGUGGCGGCACAACCCACUUGUCCACUUGAGACGGCCUUUCGUUGGGGGCGCUUGAAAUACAAACCUGAAUA